AUGAACACAUUUAUCAUAUUAGGCUUUAUUUCAGCCAUAUUAUAUGGUAUCUUUGUAGAUGGAACAUACUUUAAGAUCUACUUCUCCUUAGUUGCUCUUUACAUUGUGAUCUUCAAUUUCAUCUUUAUUGAUAAGAAAAGCAUUCCUAAGAGAAAGAACAUCACUGCAGUCACUUGGUCAUCACCAUCUGAUCCUACUUCAUAUAUUGUUGUUGAUUUAGAUGUCACCAAGACUCUUGAGUUUUUAAAAAGAAUCAAGUAAGGAUUUAUUAAGGGUAUAGCUAAUAAUUUAUGUAGUGAGUAGCAGAAAGAACAUAGGAUUACUAUGACUCAUGUGAUGACGAAAGCGAUGUUUUUGUCUAAUGAUAGAAACAGAAGAGACGUCGGCAGAAUUAAGUGGGGACACUUCCAAAAAUGUGAUAAGAUUACUUGCUCAAUCCUAGUUGAUAGCGGAAGUGGAAAGGACUUAGUUCCAGUAACAUUACAAGAAGUAUAAAAUGAAUCGAUAUUAGACCUUGCGAGAAUAAUUAAUGAUAAAGUUUAAAGAGCAAAGUCAAAUUAAGAUAAAGAACACAAUGAAGUAACUAAGUUAUUUGGAUUGAUUCCAAACUUUAUUCUCGGAGUCAUCUUAACCGUUGGUUCUUAUCUAGGACAAUGUGUAGGACUUAGCAUUCCACCUCUAGGAAUAAGGGGAAAUGCUUUCGGGCAUGCAGUAUUGACUAAUAUUGGAACUAUGGGACUUGAAUAAGGAUUUGCUCCUCUUCCAUGCCCAUUCCAUUCAAUGUUUAUCAUCUGUUCAGGAAAAGUCAUGAAGAAACCAGUAGUUAUCGAUGGUCAGAUUGUAAUAAGAGACAUUAUGAAUACUGUUUGGACCAUUGAUCACAGAUAUGGAGAUGCAGCACUUGGCCUUAGAUUCAUUAAAAUCUUCUAAGAUUUCACUGAAGACCCAGAAAACUUUGACAUUAACAAGUAUCCUGAUUGCAGAACUUAUGACGCCCCAAAAGAUAAAAAAGCAUGA